AUGGGGGCCUCGGGCAUCGGGGCUUCCUCGGGGCGGGCCGACCAGCCUGACUUCUCAGAGCCUCCCUUCCUGAGCCCCUGGAGCCCUCACAGCAGCCAGCCGCCCAGCGUGUCCCUGUCCCACCUGUUGACCGUGCGCGGUGCUGCCCCGUUGAGUGAAUUUGCGUUGGUUUCGCAGGAGAAGGGGUCCGGUGGACGGAGAGUCGGGGGGAGGUGCAGUGGCGCCCAGAGCCCGCUAGCCAGGGUGGGCCCCCUGGAGCCAUGGGCACGACUCAGCUGCUCCCCUUUCCCCAAAGCCUGCUUCCUGGCUGAUGCAGACAAAGAGCCUAGCUCUUCCACCUCUUCCGACACAGAGGAGGACCCUCUUCCUGCCAACAAAUGUAAGAAGGAGAUCAUGGUUGGGCCUCAGUUCCAAGCCGACCUCAGCAGCCUGCAGUUGGACCGCCACGGUGAGAAACUCUACGAGAAUGACGACCAGCUGCUCUGGGACCCCAACAUCCUCCCCGAGAGGGAGGUGGAGGAGUUCCUGUACCGGGCAGUGAAACGGAGGUGGCACGAGAUGGCUGGCUCGCAGCUCCCGGAGGGAGAAUCGGUGAAAGACAGUGAGCAGGCGCUUUACGAGCUGGUGAAAUGCAAUUUCAAUGCAGAGGAGGCUCUGCGGAGACUGCGGUUCAAUGUGAAGGUGAUCCGAGAUGGGUUUUGCGCUUGGAGCGAAGAGGAGUGCAGGAACUUUGAGCAUGGCUUCCGAGUGCAUGGGAAGAAUUUCCACCUGAUCCAGGCCAACAAGGUGCGCACCCGGUCCGUGGGCGAGUGUGUGGAGUACUACUACCUGUGGAAGAAGUCUGAGCGCUACGACUACUUCUCCCAGCAGACGAGGCUGGGCCGGAGGAAAUACGGCCCGCCGGGAGCCACGGAUGCAGACCAGGACCUGGACGUCAGUGACCCCGACGGCACUGGUCGCCCCCGCUCGUCGCCGCCCCUGCCCCCUGCUGCUGACAGCCUGGGCUCUGGGCAGGACCCCUUGGCGCGGAUGCACACAGAGCCGCUGAGUGUAGACAGCGCGGCCGGCAGUCUCAGUGAGCCUGGGGAGAGCUCCGACAGCCUCCCGUCCUCGGAGCCGGGGCCUUGUCCGUUCCAGCAGCUGGACACGCCCCCAGCCGUGCCCCUGCCCAGGCGGCCCCCUGCCCUGGCCGAGCCAGCCUUCUACCCCCCGGCCACAGCCCCUCCAGAGCCUGGCAGCAGCCCGAGACUAGCUGUGGACUUGACCCUGCCCGGGGCCCUCCCCGAGGAGCUGCCUCUCAUCUCCAGCCGUGUGGAUGUGAACGGAGAGCCUGAGGAGGCCGUGGCUCCGGCACAAGUGGCCUUGUCGGUCACCGAGUUUGGACUCAUCGGCAUUGGGGAUGUGAAUCCCUUCCUGGCUGCCCACCCAGCGUGCCCAGCCCCCGGGCUGCACUCGGAGCCCCUGUCACACUGUAACGUGAUGACCUGUUGAUCCCUGGCCACGGGUGGGCGUGCGUGGCCCGGGCUGGACGUGGGGCCACCGCGGGGCCUGCCUCUGCCAGUCUUCCCGACCCCUCCCCUCCUCGUGGGCCUCGGGUAACGCCUCCUCUGCUUCAGAACACGGCAAGGACAGGGCGAGUGGUGGCCGGGCCACUGCCCUGCCGCCCCCACACACAGGAUGGUGCCCUCGGUGCCCGGCACCACGGUCCGUGCUGUCCAGGCUGCUGCCCCCAGCGCAGGACCCAUCGGGCGGCCAGAGGCGGAGGGCCCGGCCCCGUCUAGCCAGCAGAGGCGAGGAAGGUGGGGAGAUGGGGCAGGAUGCUGCCCCCACCAGCAGCCUCUGCCCGGGGCACCCUCAGCACUCCACUUGGCUCCAUCUCCCUGCACCUGGCAGGGCCACAGUCUGCCCCAGCCCGGGGGUCGUGGGCAGCUGCUACUCGGUGCCAAACCCCGUGGGGCACAGAGCCAUAUACCUCGACGUCGGCCCCGCCUGCCCUCGACCUCCACCCUGCUCUCCACUUCAGGAAACGCCGCACUUUACGUCCCCCGCCCCCCGCCUCCUCCCUGUCUCCAGCCCGGAGCAGCCUCGGGUGUGGGGUUGGGACAGGUGACCUUGGUACCAAGGCGCCGUUGCCUGAGCACUGAGGGGCUGGCUCCAGUCCGUUCCCCUGACCCCGUGGGUCAUACUUCUGUUGAAGCUCCCCAGCAAGAUGGUUUGGGGUCCUGGUCCUUCUCGUUCCCAGCUUCCCUCGUUUUAUUUAUGUUUCUGUUUACAAAUUGGAGUGGGGUCCUCCACGGGGCCAGGGCAGUGCUCCCCAACCCCUGGGUGUCACCAGGAGAGGGUUUUGGCUCGAGCCCGUCUGCAGCGUUGGCCUCGACCUUCCCUCACCCCACCAAGGACCACACUGUGAAGUGAUAACUGCCUUGAAUCCCUUGCUGUUUUAUUUAUUAAACUUGAUUUGAAGUCCA